UAUAAAAUUAGCAUUGAAGAAAGUGGAUUCCCACAAAUUGUAUAUAACCUACAAUGAUUUCAUUACAUCUGAUUGACGCGUCACCAGUCAGAUCGUGGUGCAGCUGUUUGAUUAUCACUGAUAUUGUUCCUCAUUGACAUAAUAUUCACAGAUGAAGCCCUUUCUGACGUUUAGGGCCAAUAUGCGGGUCAACUUCCUGCCGAUGUGCAAAAUAGUCCGGACUAGGCCCCAGACAAAUGGCAUCAUGGAUAUAAGAUUCUUCGCAACAGAUACCAAACCUGAGUUGACGUCGGUCAGAUAUAAAGUGAAACGUGGCCCUUAUGGGGAAGUAACGAGUGAUCACGUUGAUUACUUCCGGAAGCUUAUGGGCAGUCGUGCUCUGACUGACCCCGACGAGUGUGAUAAAUAUAAUGUAGAUUGGAUCAAGAUGGUCAGAGGGAACAGCCGUGUGGUCCUAAAACCAAAAACCACCGAGGAAGUCUCUAAUAUCCUCAAGUACUGCAAUGAACAUCGUCUCGCUGUUUGUCCACAAAGUGGGAACACUGGUCUUGUUGGUGGUAGUGUACCGGUGUUUGACGAGAUCAUUGUUUCAAUGCAACUAAUGAAUAACAUCAUUUCAACGGACACACUUUCAGGUGCCCUGGUGUGCGAGGCUGGCUGUGUCCUGGAAGCUCUCGAUAAUCAUCUAGAAGACGUCGGCUUGAUGAUUCCAUUGGAUCUUGGUGCCAAGGGUAGCUGCCUGAUAGGCGGUAAUAUCGCGACAAACGCCGGAGGGUUGCGAUUACUUCGAUACGGAAAUCUACACAAUACAGUCUUGGGGUUGGAAGCCGUCACAGCUGAUGGCACAAUCGUCGACUGCAUGAACACCUUAAGGAAGGACAACACGGGUUACCACCUGAAGAACUUGUUCAUUGGCUCAGAAGGGACGUUAGGAAUUGUGACGAAAGUUGCAAUCAACUGUCCCACUCGUCCUAAGAAUAUCAAUCUCGCAUUCUUAGGCCUGGAUAAUUUCGAUAAAGCGCUGAAGACCUACGCACUCGCGAAGAGGGAACUUGCCGAGGUCCUAUCGUCCUGUGAAGUAAUGGAUGAUCCCACCAUGGGAAUUAGCGUUGAUAAGUUGGGCUUGCAAAACCCUUUGUCGAACCGACACAAAUUUUAUAUGCUGAUCGAAACCUCAGGUAGCACUGCGACUCAUGACGAGGAGAAGCUCACUGCCUUCAUCGAGGAAGCCAUGAACACUGAAUUGAUCGUCGAUGGGACAUUGACCAGUGAUCCAGCGAAAAUCAAAAAUAUGUGGGCGGUUCGGGAACGUGUGGGUGAAGGAUGUCUCCUCGAUGGAUAUUGCUUCAAAUACGACGUAUCUCUACCGCUUCCUUACUUCUACGAUCUGAUACGUGCGUUAAAAGAACGACUGGACAUGUCACGAGUGGUUCGCCUCAGUGGAUUUGGUCAUCUAGGAGAUGCCAAUCUUCACGUGGUUGUGGCAACACCCCAGUAUGAUCCUGAGAUCGAGGCACAGCUGGAGCCAUUUUUAUUUGAAUACAUUUCUGAGAAGAAGGGGAGUGUUAGUGCAGAACAUGGCAUCGGAUUCAAGAAGAUCAAGUACUUGGGAUACAGUAAACACCAAUCAGCGAUCAAGCUCAUGUGUGAUAUUAAGAAAAUUAUGGAUCCUAAUUCCAUUCUAAAUCCGUAUAAAGUGUUGCCCCAAUAGAAGAUGAAAAUUUUUAUAUAUUGAUAUAUUUCACGAAGAACUGUAACAUAGAUUUGCAUGUUGGCAGUUGCUAGUUGGCAGCGAGACGAGUACAAGUGCGGUAGAAGCUUUCGUAAGUAGUUUAUAAGAAAAAUGAGAAAAUUCCAAGUCAGGAAAUGGCAGCAUUACGUGCCAUUAGAAUUUCUAUAGAAACUAGAUUAUACGAAGCUAAUAAUAAUUUUUAUCUUUAAAUAUGAAAACGACGAUUAAGGAAGAGGAAUGGACGAUUUUCAUUCCUCUUCUGACUCAUUAGGGCGUUUAAGGGACGUUUUUCAAAACCAAUAAAUGCAAAAAAAUGAAA